AUGGCAGUGCAGGCUGUGAUCCUGACACCGCUGCUCGAUAUCGUCGACGAUCCGGCGCUCAAUGAUAUGUCUGAGUCCGAAGCACGAACACGAUUGGCUGCCUUACUCGAGAAAUUUUCUGAUGUGUUCGUAGAUUCGCUACCAAUGGAUCAACUCCCACCGUACCGGCCAGUCAACCACGAGAUCCCGUUGAUCGAUCCCACCGAAAAGGUCAAACCCCGGGUAUACCCCCUUGCCGACAAAUAUCGGAGCCAGUGGGCGGAACACUCAGCUAAGUACACUCGUGGUCGAUUCUGGGUUUCGGGUCCGAUCGAUUCUACGGCACCGGUCUUUGCCAUUCCGAAGAAGAACUCCCAAACGGCUCGUUUCGUGAUCGACCUCCGCGCGUGCAACAGCAACACCGUCAAGCGUUUUUCGCCCAUCCCGGACAUGAACAAUGUUCGAUACGAGGUGGCUCGAUCGCAUUAUCGCUCUAAAUUCGACGUGGCCGCGGCAUUUGAGCAGGUUCGGGUCAUACCGGAGCACGUCGAUCGCACCGGCUUCGCAACGGUGACGGGCACGUACACGUCGCGGGUCAUGCAGUUUGGUGACACCAAUGCGCCCAAUACCCUCAACCUCUUGACCUCGGCGAUGUUCCAGCCAUGUCUCCCGUUCGCCAAGAUCUUUUUCGACGAUGUUCACGUCCAUUCCGAUACCCGUCGCGUGCACUUGAGACACAUCAAGAUCCUGCUGAUGACAUUGAGACAUUACCGGUUCUACUUAGGAUCCAAGAAGUCCGAGUGGUUCUCAAAGUCGUUGGAUUCCUUGGGCACCAUCAUUUCCGACGUCGGCAUCGAAGUCGACCCCACCAAGUGGGAGCGUAUUCAGCAGUGGCCGAUCCCGCGCAACAAGACCGACAUCCAGCGUUUCCUCGGCACCGUCAAUUGGAUGCGAGAUCACCUACCGCACCUCUCGACGAUCUUGGAGCCGAUCACCGCGUUAAUGGCGCAAUCGACCUCGUGGCGUUGGAACGAGCGAGAACAGCAGGCUUUCGAUACCGUCAAGUCCCUUGUGCCCGCCAUCCUACGACCGAUCGAUGGCGCCAAGGUUACCUCGGGUGAGCACAAGAUGUACCUCUUCACGGAUGCCAGUCGGGUUGGCAUUGGCGCUUGUUUAGCGUCCGGUCCCAACCGUUCGCAGGCUGUUCCAACGUGAUUCUUUUCCGCUAAGUUCAACGGUGCUCAGCUCAACUAUCAUGUCACUGAUAAAGAGUUCUUGGCUGUCGUCUCGGCGUGUCGGGCGUUCGAGCAGCACUUGAUUGGUUACCCCUUCGUCAUCGUCACCAACCAUCAGGCCCUUUGCACGAUAAAAACCCAAAAACUGCGCCAAACGCCUCGGCACAUCCGCAUGUGUCUCGAACUCAGCCAUUUCGACUUCGAAUUUGAAUUCAUUGCUGGCAAGAACAACACCCUGGCCGAUUUGUUGUCGCGUUUGUGGGAGGUCAAGCAGGGUUCACACGAGGAUCAGGUCAAGGAGAAUGAGUUGGAGAACACCACGAAUUCACUACACCCGGUGAGAGCCUCCCUGAGGAACGUCCUUGCACUUCACCAUCUCCCGAUCGGUUGCCUCCUGUUGAUUUUGCCCUCGGGCCCCAAUGCGAUGAUUGCGAGGCAGGCUCUCCCGGAUACUACGCGCUCAAGGAGGAAUCGCAAGACGGGGAUGUGAAUGGACAGGAACUAGGGAAUUUGUUCUUGAAGGAAGAAUGCCACGAGUUCACUACGCCCGGUGAGAGCCUCCUCGAGGAACGUCCUUACACCUCACCUUCGCACGAUCGGUUGCCCCCUGUUGAUUGUACCUUCGGGCCCUGGGGUCACGGUUAUGAUAUAGGCUCUCCCGGUUCCCAUUGUGUGUUCGAGAACAUUAUGGACGCCAUCGAUUUGUCUAUCGGCCGCUGUGGUACUCGGGAUCCCGUCGUGUGCAGCAAAGUCGGAAAUGAGAUGGGACUCCCGAUCUUGUCGGCUGCAUUAGGGUAGUCGACUCAUGCGGGCGUCGGCUAAUUCGGUGGUCUCGGAAAUCGGGCUGGAGUCGCUUAGUCGGGAAGCGCAGAUUCGGCUAACUCGGCCUAGCGUCACAUGAGCGGAUAAAAGUUCAGAGCAAGGGACCGUGUGACAGGAGCAAGGAAUGGCGUGAUCAGGACGAAGUAUGGCGUGAUCAGAAGGCCGAGUGUCGGAAAAGAGGAGGAAGCUGGUGUUGGAGGGAAGACUCGCUUCUUGUUCGGAGAUAGACCACUAGACUAGACACGACUCAGACCGACUUUGGAGGGGAGGACCGCUUGGAAGAGGACAUUUCUGCGAAUCUAUCAUUCUCGGUUUCAUUAUCUGCGUGUUUCUCGGUUUCGGCAUCUCGGUCUCUGCGCUUCGAUAGCAAUCGCCCCCCCACCCUUUCUCUGAUCGUCCGCUCACUAUUACCAUAACUGGGGAGUCAGCCGGGAUUUCUCUUUGUGUCAGGAUGACAGCGCGUACUCGAAGGAAGCUUUUUUUUUUUUUACUGGGGCUCAUAAAUUGCAAUCCUUCGGGUUGGCUGGGACCGCUAGAAAAAGAGCUAAAAGAGGUUAUAAAGCAACGACGGCAAGCAAUUGGGUGAAAGUCAAACCCCUGCGCGCAAAGAGCGCUGCGCAGAUCAAAACCCGCCGAGCACCUAACGCGGACUCCAACGGGCGGUGA